UGUAUUUUAACUACGCUCUUAAGGUUUGUUGCUAUUUUACCUUGCAUUGUUCGUGUGCGGCUCUUCAUAACUUUGAGGUUUGAAAUGCGGCUCUGGGACUAUAAAAGUUUGAGAAACACUGGUCUACAUCAUUUACAGAUUUAUGAUUCAUCUGACAUCAAAUUGGAUUUGUUUUGAGCAAUUUAAAAGGUGUUUGUAUGUGCUGAUUUUCUAGUCAUGACACUGUAUUGUAUUUUUUCACAAAACACUUAUUAAAUUUUAAUUGUUUUUUUGUUUGUUUGAAUAAUGUAUGUCUGCUAAUGCAUUCAUUUAGGUACGGGUACUGCAUUCAGGCAUUAGUCUUUCCUAAUUAAGUUGGCCUGGUGCUAAUGUGAUAAACUAUGCAGUCAAUAAGGGCACCCACUAGACUUAAGAUAUUGUGUCAGCAUAUGAUAUCUAGAUCUGUUAGUUCAAAAAUUAAUGUGAAUGGUGUGGACUUGGCAUACCAGAAGGUUGGCACUGGACAGCAUGUGGUAUUACUUCUUCCUGGGGCUCUUGGAUGUGGGGAAACUGACUUCAGCCCCCAAAUCAAUGGACUUGACAGGGAUAAAUUAACAAUUGUUAGUUGGGAUCCAAGAGGAUAUGGGCGUUCUAUUCCACCAGAUAGGGAUUUUCCUGUUGAUUUCUUUUAUCGAGAUGCUCAUGAUGCUGCUGGUCUUAUGAAAAAUCUUGGGUUUGCAAAGUAUUCUUUGCUUGGCUGGAGUGAUGGUGGUAACACUGCUGGAAUUGUUGCUGCAAAAUAUCCGAAUAAUAUUGACAAAUUAAUUCUAUGGGGAUCGAACUCUUUUAUCACCAAAGAAGACAUGGAUUUAUUUGAAAAAGUAAGAGAUAUAUCACGCUGGAGUGAAGCAAUGCGCAAGCCAAUGAUCGAUAUCUAUGGUGAGGAAUAUUUUCGCCAAAAGUGGAGCGAUUGGGUUGAACGGCUGCAUCAAAUCUUCAAUGAACGAAAUGGUGAUAUUUUUAGAAAGGAACUCGAGCAUAUUUGUGCACCAACUCUCAUUAUUCAUGGUGAAAAGGAUGCAAUGGUGCCUCGUUUCCAUCCAGAAUACUUACAUAAAAAUAUAAAAGGAUCUAUCAUUGAUUACUGGGAAAAUGCAAAGCACAACCUUCAUUUAAAAUAUGCAGAUAGAUUCAAUGCUCAAGUCGAAAACUUUCUUUUGAAAUGAUAAACAUUUGAAUUUCGUUGAAAUUCACAAUCGACUCCCGACUUUUAGUUAAAAAAUUUUUACUCCUUCUCCAGACUCUGAGCUGAAAAAAUUUUUACUCUGCCUUCAGUUUCCAGUUUU